AUGGCAAGCACUCAAGCUGAAGACGCUCAGCGGCUGUAUGACUGUCGUGGCGCCAAGUAUGACGAUAGUUUUCAUCCCCGAUUCGCCAGACAUAUGGUCGAGCUCAUCCAACCUCAGGCCGGGGAGCACGUCCUGGAUCUGGCAUGCGGCACCGGUCUGGUCAGCUAUCGUGCCAGCACAGCCGUAGGAUCCGGGAGCGUCACGGGCGUCGACAUCAGCAGGGGCAUGCUCGCUGAAGCGGAGACGAAGAGGUCGAUGCACAGGCCUCCGAACGUUACGUUUCACCGACACUCCAUCACCGAACUCGACUCUCUUGCCGCACUCAGAGGGCGGCAGUUCGACGUGAUUACUUGCUGCUCCGCUCUCGUAUUGUUUCCCUAUCCUGGCGACGUGCUCAAGCAGUGGGUACCCUAUCUCAAGUCUGGGGGAAGGUUGAUCGUCGAUGUUACACACCCUCAGAACUUGACCGCUGGUAUCAUUUGUGAAAAGGUGGGCAAUAUUCUCAGCAGGCCCGUGCCGUGGUCUCGAUUAAAUUUCACAAAGCCCGAGGAUCUGCAAACAAUCAUGGAAGCCGCGGGUCUACAGCGAGUGAAGGUCAUACUCAUGUCGCAGCUAGGCGAAGCGAACGGAAGGCUAGAAGACUGCAUUCGCCCGUCUUUCUCCCAGCCAAAAAUUCAUCAAGAACAUGAAAUCGCCGACGCCGAUUCCAUCUUCGAAAAGAUGGUUGCGACCGAGCCAUUGAAGCAUCUCGCGAGUCCUGACAUCCGAGAGAAGGCUCGAGGAGUGUUUCAAGAUGAAUGGCGCAAGGCGGCCAAUGAAGCUGGCAAAGUACUAGAGAUCGAUGGCGUAUUCAUGGGCAUCGGGUACAAAAAGUGA